AUGAUUACGCCUACUCUUAUCCAUCUUUAUCUUACCAUAAUUUCUGUUAUUGCUUUUCUGACUUCUCCCUCGGUGUCUUAUGAAUGUAUCGAACCAACAGACUCACUAGGCAUCAAAUUUGAGAGAACUAACUGUACCAGAAAUAGCUCUGCCCAAUCUAAAUUAAUCGUUUCUUACGGGCUCAACACAACGUAUGAAGUUAUUCCAGCAACUCAAACAAAUGCAUUCGAGCUAGAUUUUACCUGUGACCCAACAAUAGAUGCAUCAAAGUGCCAAAAAGCGAAGCAAGCUUUUAUACAAGCAGGAGAAUUUUUGACCGCAGUAUUUGAGUUUCCAAAUACGAUUAAGGUUUUGGCAGAAUUUGCAGAUUUAUGUGCGAUAAAAUCUUGCGCUAAUGGAAUUAUUCUUGGUUCCGCACAACCAGCACGUUGGCUCUCUAUGAUUGGUGAAGAUAAUCGUACCCGUGCUUAUCCUCAGACACUGGCAAAAAUAGCUGAUGAAACGGGUAGCCUACCCUACGUGUCACAUGACAUAAUCGCCUCAUUUAACAGCAAGUUUGAUUUUUUCUUACCCGGAGAUACUUCGAUAGGUCCGACUCAAGAUGAUUUCGUGGCUACUGUAACGCAUGAAUUCGUUCACGGACUAGGCUUUGCGUCAUCUUGGAGGCCUUGGAUGGCAAAUACGGUAACCCCAUUUAUCCUACCCUUGGAUGACGUGUUCCCGAAAACCGUCACCAUCCGUGAAACAAUCUUCGAUGCCUUUUUUGCCCGAAUGGCGGAUGAUCAAUGUUUAAGCAAUUUUACAGAUGCUCUUCAAGUUGCCCUUGAGGGCACAUAUGAUUCUCAAGCGGAACUAGAUAAUGCUAUUACAGCGGCUGCUGCCAAUAUUAACUUGACCACUACAGUAGAUUUUGUCACGCCACAGGCAAUUGGAUUUUGGCCAAAAGGGGCACAAGAUGCUAUUUUGAUCGAGACUUCUUUCCCAGAGUUCGUCCCUGGUUCCACUGGAUCGCAUGUAGACAAAGAGACAUACCAAAUGACAGAAAACUGGUUGAUGAUUUUUGAUGAUAUACCAGGGAAGACAUACCAACAAAUUAUUAGUGAGAAUGGAGGUACUGGAAUUGUUGGUUCUGGUAUAAGAGCAAUGCUGGAAUCAAUAGGGUAUGCGACCUCACAAAAUCCGACCCCAUUUAUUCCAACGCCUGCAGACGAGCCACCACCGAUUACGGUUACACUGAGUAGGAAGUCCAAGAGAAGACAGAGAAGACGAUUACAAUAA